AUGAACGUCAACAAGAAAUUCGGCCGCUUCAAGCAAUGGGCCGGCGAGAAAAUGGGCGGCGAGGCCCGCACCGGCACCUCAGAGGAGUUCAGGGCGCUCGAAAUGGAGAUGGAGCUGCGUCACGAGGGCAUGGAUAAAAUGCAAAAGGCCAUGGCCGUCUACGUCAAGUCCAUUUCAAAGCGCGCAGAGGGCGCCGACAAGGAGAAGCAGCUCCCCGGCGGCCACCUGGGCUCCUCCAUGGUGACCCACGGCGAAGAUUUUGAGCCCGACUCCGAGUUCGGCAACUGCUUGUCUUCUCUGGGUCGUGCCAAUGAGCGUCUUGCUCGCGUGCAGGAGACGUAUGCACAGGGCGCUACGUCAACCUGGUUGGAAGGUCUUGACCGCGGCCUCAUUCAGAUGAAAGAGUACCAGAAUGCGCGCAAGAAGCUCGAAACCCGCCGCCUGGCCUACGACACCUCCCUCGCCAAGAUGCAGAAGUCAAAGAAGGAAGAUUUCCGCAUGGAAGAGGAGCUUCGUGCGCAAAAGGCCAAAUACGAGGAGACCAGCGAGGACGUCUUCCGCCGGAUGCAGGACAUCAAGGAGGCCGAGGUCGAUCUGGUGCAGGACCUCUCGGCUUUCCUCGAGGCAGAGCUAAGCUACUACGACCGCUGCCGCGAGAUCUUGACCAGCGUCAAGAGGGAAUGGCCUGUCAGAGAGACGGCCCCCGCUCGUACUACGCGCUCGCGCUCGAACACAGCCCACGGAUACGCCGAACGCUUCAAUCCGGUCGAGGAGGAGCCUGAGCCAUCACCUCCACGCAUGACCAUUCCCAAAUUGGCUUCUCGCAGCCGUUCGCCAGCGCCCGAGAUGGCCGGCUCGCCCGGAGGCUAUGCUCUGCGUCCCGCGAUUAGCCGAACCUCCACACACGACGGCUACUCGAACGCGCGUGACGACUCUCCCGCUCGACGAUUGACUCGUGUCCCGACCGACUCUUCCGCAAUCUCCAGUCGAAACAAUUUGCGCCCCGUCCGUCAGCAAAAUGCAUUUGCUGACGAUUACGAGGACGACGAUUACACUGGCUCGGGCAGCAGCUACAGGCGCGACAGAUCACCGCCCAGCCCUGACUUAUCUUCUCAGGGUAGUGGUAGCGUCAUGUCGCGAGCAGCGAGCUGGACAGCUGCAGAUGGCGGUGCCGCGCCCGGCGGGAAGAGGGCACCCCCACCACCUCCCUCAAGGGCGAAGAAGCCACCACCACCUCCACCUCCGAUGAAGCGAAGUGCGUUGAGUGAAUCCACAGUGACACGAUACUAG